CACUGGAUGUUGGGAUUCUGCAGGCUCGGGAAAACGCCAUCUUUAAACCCCAGACGAAAUCACAGUUGAGCGCCGGGGAUCAACGACACACUGUGCUUGCGUUGGGUUACAAUUUUGCGGGCAUCAUCAUGAUCAGUUUGUUGACCAGCGAAACAAAUAAGCAACUAAUUGAAAGAACUGUAAAUACUCAACCAGGCCACGUUGUAUGGUCUUAAAAUUGUACUAUCAGAAGGCUAACAUCAACAACAAUACUAGCUAGACUGAAAGACAACGGACGAGUAAUCAAUGCGUUGUUAUUGCUUGUUUCCAUUGGUGGCUUGUUAGCUAGCUUGCUAACCUGUCUUGAAGUCGGUUUGACAUUCACAUUACGUUGUUUUAAAAGGCUUGAUUUGGGACUCGACUGUGUGGCUGCAGUUUUAGUCCCGACUUCACUCCUCCCCAGCGGCCCAGCCGGAGAUGCGUGGAAGAUGUCGGUUUCGGGGCUGAAGGCCGAACUGAAGUUUCUAGAGUCCAUUUUUGAUCCAAACCACGAACGAUUCAGAAUUAUUGACUGGAAGCCGGAUGAGCUAAACUGUCAGUUUAAUGUGACUGGAGAAAAACUGUUGAUUAUACAUUGCAACAUUACGGAAUCGUACCCCUCCACACCUCCAAUCUGGUUUGUGGACUCUGAUGACCCGAGCCUGACACAAGUGUUGGAGCGCCUGGAAGAUGUCAGAAAGGGCAGCACCCUGCUCCUGCAGCAGCUAAAGCGGCUCAUCUGUGACCUCUGUCGGCUGUACAACCUGCCCCAGCACCCAGAUGUAGAGAUGCUGGACCAGCCCCUCCCUGCCGGCCCUGUAGGACAAGACCGAAAGCAUGGGGUCACAGACGAGGUCACGUCCGAAGAGGAGGAAGAAGAGGAAAUGGGAGAGGACAUUGAAGACCUGGACCACUAUGAGAUGAAAGAGGAGGAGCCAGUGGAUGGGAAGAAGUCUGAGGAUGACGGCAUCGAGAAGGAGAACCUGGCCAUCCUGGAGAAGAUCCGCAAGAACCAGAGGCAGGACCACUUGAACGUAAGUGCUCAUUCGGGUGCUGUGUCUGGUUCAGUGCAGGCCUCAGACCGCCUCAUGAAGGAGCUCCGGGAGAUAUACCGGUCCCAGAGUUACAAGAUGGGUAUCUAUUCAGUGGAGCUGGUCAAUGACAGCCUGUAUGAAUGGCACGUCAAGCUGAGAACCGUAGAUCCAGACAGUCCCCUACACAGUGACCUGCAGGUUUUAAAGGAAAAGGAGGGAAUGGAUUACAUUCUGCUAAACUUCUCAUAUAAAGAUAAUUUCCCCUUUGAUCCACCAUUUGUACGGGUGGCUUCUCCUGUGCUGUCUGGAGGUUAUGUUCUUGGAGGGGGUGCCCUGUGCAUGGAGCUUCUCACAAAACAGGGCUGGAGCAGUGCCUAUUCCAUAGAGUCUGUAAUCAUGCAGAUCAACGCCACUUUAGUCAAGGGAAAAGCCAGAGUGCAGUUUGGAGCCAAUAAGAACCAAUACAAUCUUGCCAGAGCACAGCAGUCAUACAAAUCCCUGGUCCAGAUCCAUGAAAAGAACGGCUGGUACACUCCCCCUAAGGAGGAUGGUUAAGAGGACCGUUGCCAUGCCUCCACUGGGACCACAUGUCUUAGGAGCACCCCCCCUCCCUUACUUUUCUUUUCCCUCUCUAACUGGAGUUGUUUUCAUUGGGCGUUUGAUCCCUAUUCUGUUACCAUGAGAACCAACCAACCAAUGGUUAAAACCCCUCGCUGACCAACCACCUUAUUCACUUUGCAAUAGGGGAUCCACCCUCUCGCUAUUUAUCUUUCUCUCACUUGUGCAAUCGCUCCCUCUGUGUUCUUCCUCUGUUACAAUCUCACCCCUAAUCCCCUGAGCAUUGAAUUAGCUCCAUAUCUUGUGCUACUCCCUUAAAUCCUACUCUGGGCAAGCAAAGAAGAGCUUACUUACUGCCUGUGAUUUCGGGUCAAGGUUGAGGCAUGGCUUUUGCUAGUGACUGAAGCUCUCCGUCAGUCGCGUGACGGGCUGAGAUUCUCCGGCCACAGACUGGAACAGAGAAUGACAGGUGACAUUCCCCUUGUGACAGUGGAGGCUGGGAUGGACAAUGACACGCUGGUAGUGGGAAUGAGCACCACCUCACUCCCCAUGGAUGGCCUCUGUCAUAUCUGUGCUUGUGUAUCUAUCUGUAUAUUGCCAAGAUUCCUCCUUCUGGAAUAACAUGUCCUCCUAAAGCUAGCUUCCUGAAACAACGCCUGGUCUACAAAAGCCAAAGACCCUGAAUGGAGAGAGGAGAGCUAAAAAAACUCCUGACCAAUGUGGGACUGAGACGGCUUUAAUUGAGGAUAUCCUGUUGAGCACAAGAGGUGGCCUCCACCCAGCCCAAUCUCUCAGGCUGCUUUUGGAAAUAUGACCAGGCUUAGCAAAGGCAGGUUGGAUUUAAUCACUGUAAUGUAGUUGAACUUAACUCCAUGUAAAACUUGUAAAGUUGUAUUUCUGAGAAUUGAUUUAAUUGUUUUUAACGUAAAUUUGUGUGGGUUUUGUGGUUUGAGCGGGCGGAGACUGGGGGCAUCAAUUUCUCAAGGUGUAUUUCAGAUGUAGGAUAACAAAGCAUUUGCUUCAUGGAUACUCUUGCAGAAGUUAAAAGGAACACCUUUAAACCAUGUUUUUAUGUUAGCAUAAUGACUACUAUUGUUUUUUGUUUUCCUGUAUAAAUUGAAAUACUUUUGUUUGUGGUUUCAUAUGUUCAAAAGUGACACACCAUUCCUUUUACUCAAUGACACAGUGGUGGUUUUUGGGCUUUCCAAAUAUGCUGGCUAAUUUCCCCAGUGACCCAAACUUGAUGAACCUUUCAGUAAGGCUCUGCACACAAUCGUUAAGAGGCUGUAUGUACACACAAUAAUUUGAAAACGGCUCAGUGCAGUCCCCUGCCUAAUUUGAAUCCAUGGUCUAACUAGCUUGUUCACACUCCCAGAUCGCCCAUCCAUGGUCUAACUAGCUUGUUCACACUCCCAGAUCGCCCAUCCAUGGUCUAACUAGCUUGUUCACACUUCCAGAUCGCCCAUCCAUGGUCUAACUAGCUUGUUCACACUCCCAGAUCGCCCAUCCAUGGUCUAACUAGCUUGUUCACACUCCCAGAUCGCCCAUCCAUGCCUCGGCUGCAGUGGACUUCACUUCAUACCACAUGCUCAAUAAUCAAAUAUUUGUUGAUUAAAAAAUAUAUUUUCAGGUCUGACUGUAAGGUGUGUGUGUAUAGUAAUGCCUUCAACAAAAGACAGGCCCACUCAUUUCCAUCCUUUGCCUCCCCUCUCUGGUACCUUAUUUUCUAUCCGAUUAUUCACUUAUGAUCUUGGUUGUCAGUGAUGGAAGGAACUUUUUCAGGGGAACCCCUAACUCAUGACCAUCCUCAGCACUGUCAAACCUGGAGCAUGCCAAGUCUUAGCUAUUUGAGUAAUAUGCAGAAUAUUGUGUGACACAUUUGAUUUAAUGUUAUUACACACAUUAAUGGUUGCUUUUUUUGUGUGGGUAUUAUCCACGUUGUUAGUACGUUGUCGCAAAAACCAGCAUAGGAACCAGCUUGUUCCUAGUAAAUAUUCUGCUUUUCACCCAUGUGAAAUAUACUAAUAAUGUGUAAUUAAGCUCCAUCUACCUUGUAUUUGUUGUAAUGUCAGCCACCCCACCUGUACAACACCAUGCAUCACGUUAUGUCAAAAAUGGUGGCACUGAAGACUCAUUUAGAGGUUUAUUACUAUUCACCCAAUAUGGUGACUGACUUUAUUCCCAAAUAUGUCUACUACACAUGGAUAACCGUUGAUCGUUGUCAUAGCCGUUAGGUAUUGGUAUCAAGUGUGCCACAGCUUUCCCACAUGGCUGACCUCAUCGUGAACAUGCCCCGGCUAGAAAAUCCCUCCCUGUGUUUUCUGGAGAAGCAAACUCAGGAAUACAUAGCUACUGCACACUUGACUUAGCAAGAUGCAAGUUUAAAUUUUUUUUUUAAACUAUUGUUUACUUCCAAAUUUAAUUUCCCCUCCUAUAAUUACAGUAACCAUUGGCUUGCGCGCUCUCCAUUUGGCUUGUCUAUCUUUUUAAAGUAGUCACUGGUAAGACUGGUAACAGGGUGUAGUGGAGUGAUGAGGUGGGAGGGACAUGCUUGCUUUUGAUAUAGGCCCCACAUAUCUCAUUCAAUCCCUCAGAUCAGUUUUGUGAUGCAGAAAGGUGAACCAACGCUUUACCUCACCCAUUUAAGCUCAUUGUCUUGGGUCGUUGUUUCUAAUCUAGGACAUCAUCGUGAUCCUGUACCUCCUGGUUUUGCAUGUAGAUAUCUCAGAAAUUACUUUCACUCUAGGGACUAGGGUGUGUGUGGGGACUGGACAGUUUUGAUUUGUCAGGUUGGAUCAUUUUAUAUUAGCUUGCAGAGGUCGGUAGAUGCUGUCUCUGUAAACCCCAUCUCUGGGAACAGAUUAUUUUUUAUAGAUUCAUGUAGGACAGACUCUCACCAGAUUAGUUCUAAAGGAUACCAAUUGCAAAAAUGCUGUCUCCAACAGUUAUGGGCGUCCCACCCGUGUGUUAGAAGUAUGAGAUAUAAAACUAAUGGACUACUAUACUAUUCUGUCCACCCCAGAGCAGUACUCCAACUCUUACUGUUUAAAUCCCUGUGCCAUCAGAGCAGACGUCAAAUGGGCUUUUAACUCCGUGGAAGGCCCCAUCUCUGUUCUAAUGUCAGGUGUGCAGUGAAUUACAGCUCUCUUAUACAGAUCCAGACCAGUUGUCUGACUAACAGCCCAGUGCGUUGGGAGAUUUUGGUUUGAGACCUGAAACUAAUUAUUGGUUCCUUUUUUUUUUCUGGCUUCAUUUUUGUGAGUGAGCGGGUUAUGGAGUUAUGCACUGUUAGCAUGCUUUGGUUUUAUUUUGUUUUUCAUUGCAAGGGUAAUUUUGACCAUGUACAGUAAUUUGUAAACUUGCAUCAAGUUUAUGAAUAAAGGAUUUUAUUAAAUA